GCAAUUUGAUUGGCUGUCAGUGCAUUACGCCUUUAUGCGGCUGGCCCCCGCGUGACAGGCGGGGAUACUGUCCACUAUACUAACGAGGAACUCACAUUCUGUAUCAGCCAACUACUGACCCGCUAUAUCAAUGUCAUUGGCUGGCUUUGCAUGAUUGGCAACAUGCAUGGUCCAAAAAGUGUUAUUUGUACAACUUGUGACUUUUACUGAUAGGUAAAUCUAAUUGUCAAACAGAGUUACCUAACCCUAAAUGUUUGCAGGAAUUCCUUUCUGCCUGAGGGCUUCCUUUCUGCUUGAGGUACUUAUUUACAUUUAAAUGUUUGCAGCAACUCCUUUAUGAUUUAGGCACUUUUGUUCUAUUAUAUGGAGGCCAAACCGGCCAGACCGGGAGUCUCUUAUGCAGGAACACCGUCUUGCCCUGGCCAAGAGACUCGCUGAUCUAUUAUCUGAAGAAUCCCUUUUGUCUUCUGUGGAUUCCUGAGGCCAAGGGGGUUUUUGAGGAAUUUAUGGGUGUGUGUGUGCUCUUGCAAAUAAAUUCACUCCAGAGUUUCGACUCGGGGUGAGAGGAAACUGGUUUUCGACUGGUGUGGAUUGAUUUUUCUCACCCUUUGCAAGUAUCUCACACUUUGCAAAGUAUGUGUUCCUUGUCUGUUUAAGGUUGUUUACAAUGUACCAAAUUAUCAAUCUAAUCCCUCUGUGUGUGCUCUGAGUUUUCUUUGAGGUAAUACAGGACAAAUAAAAAUUACCCAACGUUUUUGGUGCUGAAACCCGGGAGAGCAGAUCCCUUCAGUGGGAGUUCGCCUUCGGAGAGCUGCAUGGCGCCUCUUCCUCAUCAAAGUCCGGGGGGCUGAGAAUUGCCCCAUCGGCCAGCUGUUUAUCUCCGCAGACGAACUUCCAUUAACAGGCUCUCGCGCACGGACUCAGGGCGAGUCUGCCACUCAGGGAGAGAUCUCUGAUCUUCAGUGUGUGAGGAGGUGGAGCCAGGAAUACAGUGAGGCACCGUCCCCAGUGAGAUCAUCGACUUCUUAGGGUGAUUUACAUGUGAUUACAGCUUGUUCAUCAGAAACAGCCCACUACAGUUUUAAACCAGCUAUUCCAGGUCGUAAUGACAGAGUUCCUCAGGUGAGAAGCAACAAUUCUUUAAGAAACUUUAUUUAAACCUCCUCAAAGUGCUAUUGUUUUCUAUUUGAUUCUAUAAUACAGACAGCGAGUCACAUAACUGGUGUUGUGUUACAAAGAUAAGAGGAUCAAAUGAGCUUUACUACUAAGGAAUAGUUUGUCUAGUUUGUUAAUCAAACCAAUAAAUAUAGAUAUGGGUUUAAUAAAGGCAGAUAGUCGAGUGAGGUUUGAUGACAGUAAUAAAUAUUACCCAGCCUCUCUUCAUCUUGUUUGCAGUUGUAUCUUUAAAAUGUUGUAAUGAGAAGAGAAGAUACACACACACACACACACACACACACAGUUUUAGUGGGUUCAUUAUUUGAUAGAAUUGUUAUUGAAGUUAAUCAGCUCCAGAACAAAGACAUGAUUAUCAAAACUAUGCAAGCAAAUCUUAAAAUAUUUUAUAAUGUUGUGUCUAAUAACUAAAUCAAAAAUGUCCUUGAACUUUACCAGGCGAAGAUGCAGAGGAAAAUGGUAUUUUAUCCAGGAAAGCUGAGCGUGGUUUUCCGUAAGGGGCCCCUUGGAUAUCUCCUGCAGGCGCCCUCUCCUGAAGCCAAGCGCAUCAAGGAUGACCCCAGUUUGCAGGACAGGUCUGCGUCCAUGAAGGAGGACCUGGUACGGCAAAAUGCUUUGGCCACAGUUCGUAGGAGAGGAGGGGAUACCACAGACAUUACAGAGCUGCUGGGAGACUACAUCCUUCAAUUUGGAAAAUAUAAAGGAAAGUCUUUCAGGUGGCUUUUAGAAAAUGAUGUGGGAUACACUCUGUACCUCAUUAAGAACCGCCAGAAGGAGGAGGAUUUGGGUCUCUGUAGCUCGGCUGAGGAUCACAGCAAGGUCAGCCUGCAGACAUUUGUUAAGUUUGCUCUCAGUUUUGCAGAGAUCAAGUCUGUCCUCGGCUACGAGGCAGGUGUUGUCAAAGCCUCUUGUGAAGAUGAGCAGCAGGUUGGCUUUGGCUCCCAGGCCAAAAGCACAUGGAAGGAAAUCUGGGACAGUAGAGCUGAUGGGUAUGCGGACUUCAUCUUGAAAAAGAGUUGCCUCCCCGGGACACGCAUGAAGAAGCUGCUGCAGUACCUGCAGGGCAGACAUCAAUCUGCCUCAGCUUCUACACCCACUGAACAGGAUACAAGUGUGCCACCUGAACCUCUGCGUAAGAAACUUGAUUCAUGUCUUGUUUCUCAUUUUUGAAAUGACAGAAACAUG